AUGAAUCCAUUGAUAAUGGCUAUGAGUACGAAUUAAACAAGCUCUAUCCUUAGUGAGAGUGUAGCUGAAUCUAAAAUUCUGGUAUAAGACAAUAACGAAUGCAGCUUGGCAGAUGAUGAGGAUGAAGAACCAAGUCAAAAUGUUAAGAGGUAUUCAAAGCUAGAUGAUUUCUUUUUCAUUAAGAAAUUAGUCAUGGAGUAUGCUGAUAAUGGUGAUUUAUACGAAAAAAUUUUAGAAUUGUAAAGAAAAGAGUUGAUGUUCACUGAGGAUUAAAUUUGGAAGCUCUUUAUUUAAAUUGUCAAUGGCCUAAAAUCUUUGCAUGAUCUGAAAAUCAUGCAUAGAGAUUUAAAAAGUGCGAACUUAUUUUUGAAUAAAGACUACACUAUUAAAUUAGGUGACAUGAACGUUUCAAAAGUAGCUAAUUAAAAAGGCCUAAAUUACACUCAGACAGGGACUCCAUAUUAUGCCAGUCCAGAAGUAUGGAGAGAUGAGUCAUACGAUAUAAAAAGUGAUAUAUGGUCACUUGGCUGUGUCCUCUAUGAAAUGAUAACAUUAUAGCCUCCAUUUAAAGCUGAGAAUAUGGAUGAUCUAUUCAAAUUGGUGAUGAGAGGAAACAUUAAACCUAUUCCAAAGUAGUACUCUAAUGACCUAUAGUAACUUGUUAAACUAUUACUCAGUUUGGAUUAAAGAAAAAGACCAACAUGCGAACAAAUUAUGAAUUCAAGUGCUUUUAGAAGAAAACAUUAGCAAUUCCAGUUACAGUAAUAAGCAGGAGGGCAUAGAUUUGAAGCAUUUAAUUUGGAUAUUAACAAUACAUUACUGAAAACAAUAAACUUUCCAAAAGAUCUAUUGAAUGUGACAUCUAAUUUCCCCCAGCCAAACUAUAACAUAUUUAAAAGCAAAAAAGCCUAAGCAAUUUCAAAAACUCCAAUAGAUCAGGAAAAUGGAAUUCUGGGCUCAGCUAGAAAAUCCGAGCAGUACGAUUAGAUUUAAUUUCCUCAAGCAAAAAACAAAAAUUCUUACCUACCUAAAAUCACCUUAGAUAAAUCGAAAAGUAGAAAACUUAUUAAUCAAUCACUUUAGAACCCUCUAAAAUAAUAAUUUGCGAAUAACUAUGGGUCAUUAUCAUCAUAAAAAUCUAAUAAUAAAUUAACUUAAAAAUCUUCAAUAUUGCUUUAAAAUCCUUAGAAAAUACUAAAAAGUAAAAAAUCUAAUGAAAACAAUAACUUUCAUUUGCUAAGACUAGACUAUGGGAAUAAACUAGUUGAGUAAUAAUCACUAUCUCCUACAAGAAUAAGAUAUGAAGCAAGAGAAACGCAUGAAUAGCCUAACUUCAAUAAAAAUCUCUCUGCUUUUAAGAAUACAGAAAAAAUAGGUGGUAUUAAGCGAAUGAAAACCGAAGAAACAGAUGGAGAAAACGAUUCAUUAAACUAGUUAGAGAAUCUGACAUCUCAAAAGGAUAUAUCAUUUGACGAAAGUCCAAGAUAAAAUGAAAACUAUUACAGUAAGAAGUCCAUUAAAGCAAUUAACGAAUAAUCAUUGCCUCAAAUUAUUCAGUCCCUCAAUUAAAAAUCUCUGAGGAAUCUGAAUGAAAUGGAUAACAUUAUGUCGAUAAGACAUUUAAAGUAAUAUGCUUAGAUCGUAUCGAUGAGUCAUGAUCAAUAGGCGCUUUAAAAAAAUAUUGCCAAGUAGAUUAAGAAUCUAAAUUAAGGGAAUAUGCUGCGUAACCAUUUUAUAAAUCUUAACAAAAUUCCUGAACAUAAUUUUGUAGUUAAAAACUCUAAUAGCAAUCCAAGCGAACAGAAUUAGUAGGAGAUAUUGCAAUCAAAUCUAAAUUAGAAUGAGCUAUCAGAUUUUUCUCCCUCUGGAUCACCUUCCAGGAUAAGAGAUCUAAUUAAACUAAACAGUAUUUAGAAGUUCAAAAUGAACAACCAUCAUCUCCUAAAUAAAGAGAGAAGACUAAAGCAACAAGUACAAUCAGUUAGUAACAUUCAGUCAAAAAGGAAUUCUCUCAGCCCAAGCAAUAGACUGAAGCAAGCACACCAAAAUUCUAAUGAAUUACUGGAUGUUUCAGGCAUACAAAUUCAAAGCUCAAUAAAUCAAAUUAACGAUGAUGAUGAACCUACUCUGCCUAUCAUGCUAAAUAAUGAUUCAUCUAAAGAUCUUAACACCCAUUUAAAUGUUAAUAUUAAUGAGAGACUUUUGUAAUUGACGAAUAGAGGUAAUAAGAAGGAGUUGAUAUAACUAUCUUAAUUAAAUUCUAUGAAGAGGAAUCUUAAGAAUAUUCAAAAUAGUAGCUAAAAUGAUCUAAGUAAGAGUGAGAAAAAAUAAUUGAUAUUACCCCAGCUAGAUAGAUCGAUUUUGAACAGAAAUGAUCUGCCAAUGAGUUUAUAAAAUGAAGUGUAUAAAAAAAGAAAUAUCUCAAUGAAAAAGCAAUAGGCAAUAUCAAGUCGAAAACUAGAGACGAUUGACUGA